GCUACCUCUCCUCUUCCCCGGUGUGCGGCGGCUGCAGGCGCAGCCGACCAGCAGGGCUGGCGGGCGAGGCAGCUGCGUAUUGUACUGAUGUGGCGCAUGCGUGGUGCCGCCGCCAGGCGCUGGGGUUGCGGCGGCGACGAUGGCGAUGGCGAUAGAGGGGUUACCUGUGGCCGUGGCCAGGAACGUUUGGCCCGGGCGUUCGGAGGGGCCGGCGGCAGCGGCUGCUGUUGCCGCGGCGGUUGGAGAGGCCGCGCGGGCGGUGCCCGCCAGCAGCUGGAGGAGCGAUUCGCGGACCUGGCCGCAAGCCACCAGGAGGCUAUUCGCGCGCGGGAUGAGCGGGACCGACAGAACGCGCGACUGCGCGAAGAGAACGGGCGCUUGCGACUAGAGAAUCGGCGGCUGAAGCGCGAGAACCGGAGCCUCUUUCGACAGGCGCUGCAGCGGCAGGACGAAGAACAGUCUCGGGAACCCAUGCGACCCCCCCAGACCGUGGCUGGGGGAGGGGAGCACCAUGAGCCCGACCAGGGGGAGGAAGAAGGAGGUUCCCGCGGCCACGCCCAGGGCGUCACAGCCGACUCAAAAGAAAGGAGAGCUGGAAAUGUACCUGUUGAGCCGGGAAGCCCUAGGGCCCUGAGGGCCCGCCUAGAGAUGCUAGAGGCCAUGUACCGCAGGGCCCUGCUGCAGCUUCACCAUGAACAGCAAUGGCAGCAUCGUCGAGCCCAGGCCCAGAAGAAGGAGGCAAAGGAUGAAGAGGAAGAACGGCAGCUUCAGCUCCAGAUGCAAGCUCCAGACUCCGUACCCUUUCUCUAGUUUACGCGGCUUGAAAGAGCAGAGGCGGGGCUGCUUUUCUGACUGGAAUGGGGAAGGGGUUCACUCCAUCCUUCUCCCGCCUCCCAGGCUCGCACACUUGUGCAUCAAAUGCUAGGACAUAUGGACAUUUCCCUUCUCACCCCUGCCCCCCCCCCCCCCCCCCCCCCCCCCCCCACAGGGUCAGGGAGUUUUCAUUCUUCAGUCUUAGGUUGGAACCAGGUCAGGAAGCCCUCGCAGGAGCCACAUAAUCAGGGUCACAGGCUGGAGACUUAGCCUCUGCCAUAUGCGAGUGCCAGUGGCAUUUAAGUGAAAUUACUUUCAAAAGAAAGAAAGAAAGAAAAUAACAAACACAAAACUACCUGAGAGAACUGGAUGCCAAACUGUGCCUCCUAAUGACUGAACUAUGUCCUACUUGCUACCCCUACUUAAUUUUUUUGAGGACUUAUGUUUUGCCUCAUUUUGAUUCUUUUGAGACUUGAAAGUAACCAGUUUGUUUUCCAAUGGCUUAGCCUGAUCUUUGACUCAUUCUUUCUAAAAGAUCAAAGGCCCAGCCAUUUGUUGUGAAUGUAGGCAAGGUUUAAAUAGAUGACUUAAAUUUAGAGUUUUGUUUUCUUUUUAACAAAAUUAAUAGAAAUUAAUCCAUUCUUAUAUUAUCUUUGAUUCCAGCCUUCUAUUUGUUUAGUACUGAUUUAUUUACCCUUAUCAUUUUUUUUUUUUGCCUCUGGGGCUUUUGAAUAAGUAACAAGUUAAAUAAAAUUUUGGUAUAUUGAUAAAAAUUUCCAGGAC